CAGAAGGAAGCAUCCGUACCGCAGCUGCUGCGGAGAUCCAGCCUCUCUCUUUCUCGACAGACACGCGCGUUCUUUCACCCGCCAUGCCUCGCGGUCGCAAGUCAGCCAGCUCCGCUGCCGCCACGCCCUCCGGACGCGCUCGCAGCAACUCGGUCGCGUCCAACGCGUCCGUCACGUCCAACCGGUCCCGUAGCAAUGCCGCAGCAGCACGUAAAUCAGCAGCAUCGGCAUCAACAACAACGGUAGCAGCGGCGGCAGCUGACGACGCAUCGCCCGACAGAGACCCGCCCUUGCCAGAGGAGCGCAACCCUGUUCUCCCCGACGCGCACGUCCCCGUCAAGCUGCAGAUCAUUCAGAGAGACGCAAGUGACGCACCCAACAAUGUCGCCUCCUCCACACCAAAGGAGAUCAUCAUCGGCCGUGUCAAGUUGCCGACGGUCAACGGAGCGACGCACGGCUUUUUGCUGAAACGAUUCGACACGGACGCCGUCGCCGCGUCGGCCAUGUUCAAGCUCGCGUUCCCGUACGCCACGCUCGAGGCCGAGGAGAAGGAGAUGUCCUACCUGGACAAGAAGUUCGACUGCAAGUCCGCCAACGGCGGCACCAAAACAGAGCUCGUCGCGGUCCCCCAGUUUUCUGAGGACGGCAAGCGCAAGCCGGGUCGCGCGCGGAAGGAGUUGCGCACGUUCUUGCCCGAGGGUAGCACCGGCGUCGUGCUCAUGGGCACAUGGGUCCCCGCUGCGGACGCGGCCAAGCUUGCGCAAGAGUACGGGCUCGAGCGCUUCGCCCAGCCGCUCAUCGAUGCCAGGGCCGCCCACUUCCACGGCAAGCCGUACUUCGUCGACGACAAGGGUGUUCCUAUCGCCCAGGCCAACGGAUCCCCGCUCGAGCCCGCACAGCUUGACGCGCUUCGCCAUGGCCUCCCGUUGCCCCCGCCAUCGAUCAAGAGCACCCCCGCUGGGCCGACGACGCCGCACGUGUCCAAGGUCAUCACGGGCAGCGUCAACGGCACCGCAGGCGCGACGACGACCACGCCCAGCGGCAAGCGCGCCCGCGUCGACAGCAGCAUCGAAGUGGAUCCUACGACGGGCUCCCCGCGCAUGUCGACGACGGCAACGGACCUGAUCCAACACGCCGACGGCAGCCGGACCGUGCUGACGACCAAGCACAACGUGGAGCUCAGCGGAAGGACCGAGGCGGAGAUCCAGGAAGACAUUGCCAGGUCCAAGGCGAUCGCCAAGCAGGCCCAGCAAGACGCUGCCGCCUCCGCGUCGACGUCGAGUGGCGGCAGGAAGCGCCGUGCUGUCGCAGAGCCCUCAACCGGCGUGGACCCCCUGGUAGACCAGGGGGAGGAGGGGGAGGACUACACAGAUGACGCGGCGUCGGCAGGCGCCGCACGGCGGGGGGCCAACGUUGUGCGCAGGACCAUCCGGCGAGGUACGCGCGUCGCGCGCAGGCGCCCCAUCGCCGCAUCUGCCACAGCGCUCGGCGUCGCAGGCGCUGCCGCCGCGGCCGCCACUGCGCUGCUCAACCCGCAAAGCCUCGAUCUCGCCGUACAGGCAGUCCAGGCUGGCGUCGCGAAUCUGCAGGGAUGGCUGUUUUGAGGUGUCGCACCACCAGCCAGGCAACCAGCAAGCCAGUCAGAAGCCUCGCUCCGCUUCCCCCCACCGCAGGGUGCAACAAAUUUCUCAGUAUCCAGGCCCUUUAGGCACCCCAAUCUACGUCACAUCCCUAAAGGCUGCAUGCUAGCUCGACAACCCCGCUGAGCCACGACCAGAGCCGUGUGCCUCACACACUCUUUCGACUCCGCUCCUUCUACACUAGGUCUUGCCCGUCCCUCUUUCAUUUCCUUUCGCUUCCGCUCAAUUCCUUUCUGCAUUUUCGGGUCUUGCAACUUCUCACUUCGGCCGCUACAUGGGUUUCUCUUCCUUUUCUCUUCAUCUCUUCGAUAUCGGUUUCCAACACCCUUGUAAGAUUGAGCGCCCACGUUCGAUUCUCCGAACGCAUGUAAACAGGAUGAAUCUGCGAAUCGGAAUACCAUGUUUGUUU